UGCUUCUGUUGUAUAGACAAGAAAACUGAUGCAUAUAGAAGUUGAGUGACUUGUCCAAGGUCAUGUGGUUAGAUACAGCAUUGGAAAUCUGAUCCAGUUCAGUCUGCACUCCAAUGCCCACAUGCCCAUGCUCUUACCACUUCAUAAUUAAAUCCUGUGGAAAAUGGCCUUCAGUGAUCUUACAUCGAGGACCGUGCGUCUUUAUGAUAAUUGGAUCAAAGAUGCUGAUCCUAGAGUUGAAGACUGGCUCCUCAUGUCCUCACCUCUGCCACAAACCAUCAUCCUAGGAUUCUAUGUCUAUUUUGUCACGUCCCUGGGACCAAAGCUCAUGGAGAAUCGAAAGCCUUUUGAACUCAAGAAAACGAUGAUAACGUACAAUUUUUUCCUAGUACUCUUUUCCGUGUAUAUGUUUUAUGAGUUUAUAAUGUCUGGCUGGGGUACAGGUUAUUCGUUUCGAUGUGAUAUUGUUGACUAUUCACAGUCGCCUACAGCACUGAGGAUGGUACGCACCUGCUGGCUUUAUUACUUCUCCAAAUUUAUUGAGCUAUUAGAUACUAUCUUUUUUAUUCUGCGUAAGAAAAAUAGUCAAGUGACUUUCCUGCAUGUCUUCCAUCAUACCAUCAUGCCAUGGACCUGGUGGUUUGGAGUCAAAUUUGCUGCAGGUGGUUUGGGAACCUUCCAUGCCCUUGUAAAUACAGCUGUACAUGUAGUCAUGUAUUCCUACUAUGGACUGUGUGCACUGGGACCAGAUUACCAGAAAUAUUUGUGGUGGAAAAAAUAUUUGACAUCAUUACAACUUAUCCAGUUCGUUCUUGUCACCGUCCACAUCGGCCAGUUCUUUUUCAUGGAGGAUUGCAAGUACCAGUUUCCAGUCUUUCUAUACAUCAUUAUGAGUUACGGCUUCAUCUUCCUGCUGCUCUUUCUCCAUUUUUGGUACCGUGCUUACACCAAAGGUCAGAGGCUACCCAAAACUGUGAAACAUGGAAUCUGCAAAAACAAAGAUCACUAAAGUUCAAGCACAACAUAGGUCUAUGAAAAAGAUUGAUAUCUUGUCUUCCUUGACAAUCAAGAGAUAUUUCCAUGUGCAGUGCAUUUUGUAUAUUUUUCAAAACCAAGAGCUUGUAUUUUUAUGAUAAGUUAUUGGGGUUGCUAGUAUUUGAGAGCCCAAGCUCCCAGAGAACAGUCUUCUGAUAAUUAGAGCCUAAAGUAGCCAGUUUUUCAGCUGCUUUUAAACCUAAAGAUCUUAUUUAACACAUUUUUUAGAUUGAAAGAAGGAUGUGAAACAGUACAGUAGUCUACAAAGAAAUCCAGUUAUACAUGAAAAAUAUCAUUUGAUAUUUUGGGCAUGGGUAGAGAUCCAUGCAGUACAGUAGAUUCCUUCUGCAGAGUCUGAAAACCUUUAACUGUGGGCUCUGGCUUUGUUGCUUGUUGACUAUAUUCAGAAGACACUGUAUUUAAACUUAAAUUCCCAUUCUAAAGAGCUAACAUGAUUUUUGAUAAGUUAUCAUUUAAAAUCACUAAGUCAUUUUUAAUGAAUCUCUUAAAUAGCCAGCCCCAGUUUUGCUUAUAAGACUUCCUCCCAACACUUUUGCUUGGUAAACUGUUUAAAAGGUAACAUUCCUUUAUGUUAGUACAUUGAUGCACUUGAAACUAAGGUGGAGUUAAUAUUUUGAAAACAAGGUGAUUUGUUCUGAUGGCUUAAUGAACACUUUACUGUUACUCUUUUGCAUUGAACUUUGCAUAUUUCUGGGAAGAGGUGAAUUUGUCCAAGGAAAAAAUAAAUAGUUGUCUAUAGUAUUGAUGUAAUGUCACUUUCUCAUAUGAUCAUGGUUUAAAGGAUUCUCUUGGUUAAAUAUAUAUUGGUUAGAUGUGUAAAUGCUCAUAUCAUUAGCACACAUUAACUGACUUUAUACAUAGUUUUCCAGGGGUGGGUUAAGAGUGGCUUGGAAGCAACUGGAAGCAAAUGGUGUCACAGAAACUAUCCAGGGAAGACUUGGUGAUAGGGGUCUCUCAUAAAGAGAGUGACAGAGAGAGACUGUGUAGCAGUUAUUGUUAUAAAUUCACUGCAUGGAAAAAUAUUUUCCAGAAUUAUGAAUUAAAUAACAGCCUAGAAUUAUUUUUUUUUCAUAUUUAUGAACUAUAUAAUGAAGGACUGCAAUGCAUUUUGCAUAGCUUUCAUUUCUUUAAAAUUGCUGCUUUCUAAAAUCCUCUUUUCACAUUUUGUCAGGGAACCCAACUACUGAUCAGUAGAGUUUCACCCAAGAAAUAACAAUAGUUGGAUAUUUCUGAAUUUUUCCGUAUAGCUUUUUUACUGUUAUACUUGAUUUUGAAGGGUUGCUUAUGUUUGUGUCACUGCAAGCAAUCGGUACCCAGUCAUUGUAUAACACAUAAUGUUACUUAUUGUACAACAAAGCCUGAGUUUCUACCAACUGUAAACCCCUGGAGUUAGGUGUCUCUCUCUUAAUCCAUUCAUCUAUACCAUGGUCUUUUCUUUUCACAUUCAGCAGGUUCAUAGUUAUUUGCCUUUAGUGAUUUCACUUUCUUACAGUAUAAAAUGAUGAAGGUUGAUAAAAGGAGAGAUUACCUUUUUUAAAAAAAUAAAUAAUAAAGAACAGGAACGCAAAGGUAAACGAAACAGCAGCUCUAAUUUAUCUCUCUAUGAGAGUCUCAGGUCUCCUUAAGUGUUUUCGUGUUUUGGCUCUUCAAAUCCAACCUAAGCUAAAGUGAAGAGGUAUGGUAGAUGCUGUUACACAUAUGCACAGUUCCCAAAGACCCCAGUAGGGUAAAGACCAAAAGGAAGCAAAACUAAAAGAAGAUAAAACAGGAGAGCUGGGUUUGAUCCCUGGUUUGGGAAGAUCCCCUGGAGAAGGGAAUGGCAACCCACUCCAAUGUUCUUGCCUGGAGAAUCCCAUGGACAGAGAAGAGCCUAGUGGGCUAUAAUCCAUGGGGUCGCAAAGAGUCGGACACGACUGAACAACUUUCACUCACUUGGUAUCUUUGCAUACUUUCUGCCUUGUACUGUACGACCUCCCCUCCUCUUCCUGUAGCUGUUAAAAUGAUUGAGGUGCUUAUGAACUAAUAGCAACAUGUGAUGGAAUCACACUCUACACUAUAAAUAGGAGUAGAGAGCUAGAAUGUUACAUGAAAAGAAAUCACAGCUGGCAGAGGCAACUUCAAUAUGAAUGAACAUCAGCAGAUCAGUGCCACUGGAUACAGGACUGGGUGGGUAUUGUUUUAUUAAAUGGCUCUGUGGGUCACAUAAAGUUUCUGUUGGACUUUCAUCCCACUUUUCAAGACUUCCUUGCCUUUGGGUGUGCUUUGCUUACCUGACAAAUAAAAAGGCCAGCUACAAAACCUGGCUUAUGAUACAAAGCUCUAUGAAUUCUUUAGAACCUGUACCUACAUUAUAGAUAAAUACAAAUAUAAAAUUUUAAAUAUCUGUGGGACAUUGCCAUUUUACAAUCUUAAUUGAGCAGACUGCAUUGUUACAUAAAUUAUAAGAUUAUGAAGUUGCAUUUCUUCAAUUAUCCCUUAUUUCUGUUAACUACUUUAAAGACUAUGGAAAACUCCGUGAAAAUUGUCAAAGUUCAGGUCUGAUUUUCGAUGUGUAAAAUAUAAUAAUAAAUUCGUGGUGUUGCAUG